AUGACUGUCACCCCCAAGGAUCUGAAGGCCCUCUUGCCACAGGCCAACUAUCGGGUGCCGAACAUGAGAUUUCUGCGGGACAAACUUCUGGAGGUGGAAGUAAGGACCGAAAUGACCUUCAACCACUUUGUGCAUUUCUACAAAAACCUGAUGUUUGAUGCCCAGAAAUCGAUCAUCGAACAGCUCGACCUGUCUUUCCCCCUGCGAAACGUGGACCGACCAGAGCUCUGUCAGAUCACCUUAUAUGAUUUCCAGAAGUUCCUUCAGUACGACCAGAAGGAGCCCUGGGCCAGUGACGUCGGCCAAGUCCGGGAGUUCAUGUGCAGCUACCUACAGAAUCCCUUCAGUGACAUGACUGAACCUUUCUUCCAACUGGAUGAGUUCCUGACAUUCCUCUUCUCCAAAGAAAACAUGGUCAUGGACUCCAAAUACGAGCGGGUGGUGCCGGAUGAAAUGAAUUACCCCUUAUCUCAGUAUUGGAUCUCAUCCUCCCAUAACACCGCCCCCUUGGUGCUAUGUUACUGGGUGAGCACCCACGUGGGGCAGGUCUGCGCUAGCUCCCGAGAUGGGUCCAACCCCCUCCCCCCAGACUGGGCUGCCCACCGUGUUGUACAUUAA